GUCGUAAGAUGGAGCCAUUGGGUGUUGUUGAUGAUGCAGGCUGCUACAGAUUAAAGCACUUAGGAUCAAAUUAGCGUGUUAAUCUAUGCAAUUAGAUUCGGGCAGUGUUCGUUAUCGAGAGCAGCGUGUAAAAUACUUUUCCUGGACCACCUUGUGUACCCCGUUGACGAUGUUUUGGCUGAUCGUUUUCAUCUUGGCCGUUGUUAUUUUGUGGUUCCUACUGGAUAAACCGCUCCAUUAUUGGGAGAGGUUAGGCGCGAAACAAACCAAACCUUGGAUCGUUUUGGGCGACUCUUGGUCGACCGUUUUAGGUCUCAAGAAUUUUUCGGAUCUGCUUCAGACAGUGUACAACUUGUAUCCAGACGCGAGGUACACCGGAAUGUAUCAGUUUUACACACCAGUGGUCCUGGUGAAAGAUCCCGAACUGAUCAAGUCAAUAACCGUGAAGAAUUUCGAUCACUUCACGGACCGCAGAACGUUCCUCGACCCCGAAGCCGACCCUGUAUCGGGCAGGAAUCUUUUGUCUUUGAAGGGCCAGCGCUGGCGCGACAUGAGGGGCACUCUGUCCGGCUCCUUCACCAGUAGCAAAAUGAAGUUUAUAUUCGAGUUAAUGAAUGACACCGCGCAGAGAUUCGUUGAGCACUUGAAAAAUAGAGAUGACGUCAUCGAAUUAGAACUGAAAGAUACCUUUACAAGGUUCGCCAACGACGUCAUUGCGACGUCAGCGUUUGGUCUGACGGUAGACUCGCUCUCCCAACCGGAAAAUGAAUUUUAUCUGAGUGGAAAAAAAAUCACGGAUUUCACGUCGCUGCGAGUGUUCGUCAAAUUUUUCGGCUACCUCAUGUUCCCGCAACUCUUCAGAACGCUGAAGAUCGGUCUCAUAGACAGCGGGGCGACCCGUUUUUUCCAAAAGGUGCUGACGGAAACUAUGAGAGUGCGCGAAGAAGAGGGCAUCGUGCGUCCUGACAUGAUCAACAUUCUCUUGGAAGCGAAGAAAGGAGCCAAGGACGAAGAACCCGUCCUGGUAGACACAGGGUUCGCCACCGUUGAAGAAUCUUCUCUAGGUCGAUCCAAGCCUCAACCGGCGAUCACCAACGACGACAUAACCUCACAGGCGUUGAUAUUCUUCUUCGCUGGCUUCGAUAGCACCUCUACGGCGAUGUCUUUCGCGGGGUACGAGCUCGCCUGCCAUCCCGAGGUCCAAGGCAAGUUGAGGGACGAAAUCCUCGAAGUCCAGAGACGUUGCGAGGGUAAAAUUACCUACGAGGCCUUACUGGGAAUGAAGUACCUCGACAUGGUAGUGUCGGAGGUGUUGAGAAAAUGGCCGCCUAUCAUUGGGAUGGACAGGGUGUGUACGAAACCGUACGUCAUUGAAGCUGUGAAACCUGGUGAGGAAUCUGUACGACUCCGGGUGGGUGACGUGGUCAUCCUGCCGUUCCAGGCGAUCCACAGGGAUCCGGUAAAUUUCCCGGACCCGGAUAAAUUCGAUCCGGAGCGUUUUUCCGACGAAAAUAAGGGUAAAAUCCGGCCUUAUACGUAUUUACCCUUUGGGGUGGGGCCGAGGAAUUGUAUAGGGUCCAGGUUCGCGCUAUUGGAGGUGAAAAUGUUGCUGUUCAACUUGUUGGCGGCGUUUGAGGUGGUACCAACGGCGAGGAGCGUGAUACCGUUGAGAUUGGCGAAGAGGUCACUGAAUAUCGUCGUCGAAGAUGGACUGUGGUUCGGGUUAAAACGUUUGGAGCGAACUAAGCAAUAUGUCGGGAAUCUAAGUAGGAUACGAUUUAAAAAACUACAACGCCGAGUAUUUCCAGGUCCGAUUCGGCCGCGCUGCUGCAUUCCGAUAAAUUCCAGGGCUAAAAAUAUCAACUCUCAAGGUCGUUUCAUUUACUUGCGGUGUGUUCGAGCGAAUGAUCUAAUCCUGAACCAUUGUUUAUUAAUCCGCAUUAAAAAUUGCACUGAAAUGUUGCUGUUGCUGGCUCUCUUCGCCAUCCUCAUCUGGUACUUUUUGGUAAGACCGCAUCAUUACUGGACCCGCAUUGGCGUGAAGCAAACUAAACCAUGGCCCAUCCUUGGCGACACCUGGGUCACUAUAAUCAAGCGCAUGGGCAUAGCACCGGCCUCAAGAGAAAUAUACAAUAUGGUUAACGAUGUCAGAUAUUUCGGGAUGUACCAGUUUUAUAUGCCGGCGUUGGCUAUCAAAGACCCAGACCUCAUCAAAGAAAUCACGGUGAAGAGGUUUGAUCACUUUACGGACCACAGGGGAUUUUUGGAUUCCGACGCUGAUCCUAACUGGGGCAAGCUACUGUUUCAGUUGAGGGGACAGGAGUGGAAACGAAUGAGAAGUUGUUUGUCCUGCGCGUUUACCAGUAGCAAAAUCAAGUCCAUGUUCCAACUGAUAUCGCAAGGGGCCGAAAACUUCGUCAGACACUAUUCGACACUAAGCAAAGAUCUGAUCGACGUCGAAGUUAAGGACGCCUUUUCGAGAUUUUCCAACGAUGUUAUAGCGAGCAUGGCUUUUGGGGUAGAAGUGAAUUCUCUGGCCGAGCCGAAUAAUGAAUUUUACCUCAUGGGCAAACAGUUGACAAGUCUAUCAGGUCCUUCCACCAUGCUAAAAUUUUUCGGGUACAUAGUGUGUCCUAAAUUAAUGAAGUUUUUUCAAGCGAGCGUAUUCGACGGAGAAUCGAGUGAAUACUUCAAAAGGGUCAUUUCGGAGGCGAUUUCGGUCGCUAGAGGUAGAAGACAACUAGGGAUAGAACGACCUGACGUCAUCAACAUCUUGUUGGAUGCCAAGUCUGAUGAUGAAGCUCCCGUCGACACCGGAUUCGCUACGGCUCGUGAAACAGACUUCGUAACUGAGAAGACAAAGUCCCUCCCCACCAUCACUGACGCCGACAUAAUCUCCCAAGCGUUGUUAUUUUUCCUCGCCGGUUUCGAGACAGUCUCGACGGCGUUGUCGUUCGGUGCCUACGAGUUGGCUCUCAACCUCGACAUCCAGCAAAAGCUUCGUAACGAAAUCGUCGAGGUCAAAGAUCGCUACGACGCUAAGAUCACCUACGAUACUUUACUGGGAAUGAAAUAUCUAGACAUGGUGGUGUCAGAGAUUCUACGAAAAUGGCCCCCUGGACCAGCAACGGACCGAGUCUGCACCAAACCUUACACCAUAGAACCCCUUUCCCCGGACGAAGUGGCCGUCAAAUUGAACAAGGGCGACCUGGUGCUUUUACCCACCUACGGACUUCAUAUGGAUCCCAGAUAUUACCCGGAGCCAGACAAGUUCGAUCCUGAAAGGUUUUCUGAUGAAAACAAAGUCAACAUCUCACCGUACACCUAUAUGCCUUUCGGUAUAGGACCGAGAGGGUGCGUGGCUUCUAGGUUCGCCCUGCUGGAGAUAAAGAUUGUCCUGUAUCACCUCCUGUCCGAGUUCGAGCUCGUACCUCUCCGGGAGACCCAGAUUCCUCUGCAAUUCGACUCCAACUCGUUGGGUAACACCGUCAAGGGUGACCUGAGGUUAGGGUUUAAACGCAUCGUGAUGAAAUAAAUGAAAGUACAAAGUACGCCAAAAUGGAUUUGACUUGAAUUUAACUUUGGUUGAUUUGUGCAUAUUUGUAUUUGUUUAGUCCGUAGGAUUUUCUUUUGUCAUGCCUGUAUUUAAAAAAAUAUGGAUUUGACUUAAAAAUCUUUAUUUUAAUGAAAACGUAAACUGGAUUAGAUUCGAAUAUGACUUUUGUAUGUUCUUUGAUUUUUUUCAUCGAAAAUAAAUUCGAACUUGUUUUGGAUUUUUUUAUAU